GAACCUUCAACCUUACGCACAUUGGGACAACUGUAACCAACUGAGCUACCUGGCAAGAAAGGGGAAGGUGGGGGAAGAAACGGAGAGAACCAGCGAUGUGAGACAGAAGCAUCAGUUGGUUGCUGUUCACAUGUGCCCGUGGUUGGAGAGUGAACUCACAACCUAGACAGAAAACUUGAAGCAGAAAGCUUCUCCUGUGCAGAGGAGAUUUCAUAAGUUCAGCCACAGCUGGGAGUUUGUCAGAUAUCCUCUCAUUCAAAAAAACCUGACUUUUAAUACACUUCCACUACGUCAAAUCAACAAUGAAUUGGAAUGCAAAACCAGAGAGUGUCACGGUACCACCGUUGUAUCCUAAAAACCAGUCAUCUUUUUUAGAGACGACUUUAAUGAACACAUCAUCUCAAGUUUCUUUAAACUCUCCUGGAAAUAACCAACCAGCAUGCAUGUUUCUUAGUAAUUCAAACCCAGUUUCACAGCCACUGUACAACAUCAGAAAUUAUAAAACUCCUCAACAAAUCUCAGUAUCCAAUAUGCAUAGUGGGACAAUUGUGGCAUCACAGAGUUCAGUAGAAAGAAUAACAUAUGCAAAUGUGAAAGGACCUACACAACUAAAUCAUAGUUUGCAAAUGUCUUCAGGAGUUGCACAAAAUACAUGGAUGGACUCACCAAUGAGGAAUUCUAUGUUUCCUCAUACAGGAGCAACUGUGUCACAACAAACUAGGUUUAGAACCAAUAUACCAAAUGUAAAUGCACUACAGAAUCAAUUUGUAACAUCAGAUACCUAUUCUAUGCAAGUACAGAUGAUCCCUUCUAAUUCUGUAAGAGUUCCUGUAACUUAUCAAGGAAACCAGAGACUUAACUCAUCUUUAUCAGAGCGACAGGGUAACUGGGCACAACAGUAUACAGCCAGUGGACUACCUUAUCCAGAUUACAGACCACUUCCAAGGCAAUACAGUUAUCCAUCACGAAGCUUUUUGCAAAACCCUACUCUUCAGAAACAAAAUCCUGUGCCAUCUGCAUCAUUACAAAUAAAGAAUAGUCUUCCUCCAAAUUCUGCACUGAAUUUAUACUCAAAGCAGCCUGCAACUGUACAGUCCUAUCAAUAUGCAGUUACUCAGAUUGACAAAAGACCUCCUCCUCCUCCUUAUGACUAUAGAUAUACAACUCAGCCUUUGCAAAAUACUCAGCAUGUUAUUAAACACUCUUCUAUAGAUGUUCCUCAGAGUCAAGAAGCACACUUACCUGAAAUAAGGAAAGCCUUUUGCAGAGGCUUUCAACAGCAAAACAUCAAUGAAAAUGUCAGCAUGAUAGGAAAUUUCUGUAACUUGAAAGUAAAUACUAAUAUCAAUCAGUCUUUUAAUGACCCCAUUAGAUUUUCUGUGGAUGGCGUUCAGAUGCUUGCUCAAAAUAAUCAAGGAGAAAGAGUAGAUUCUUGCAAUCUAACUUCAAAUCAAGUACUGGACACAAGUGCCACAAAAGAAAGGUUAGUGAGGGAUAUUAAAACAUUAGUAGAAAUGAAAAAGAAAUUUUCUGAACUGGCAAGGAAAGUUAAAAUUGAUAAAAAUGUUUUGAUGGCAGCAGGUUGUAUUAAAGCAACUAAUAACUCUUGUAGUGAAUCAGCUCAAAAUUCUGAACUUUCUGUGAAACAAACUGCUAAAAUCCAGUCUGGACAACAGGUAACUCGAUUCACUCCAACGACUGCAGAGGAUAAACAACCAACAAUAGCGGAAACUGCAAAAGAAACAAAUAGAACAUGCAGUACCUUGGACACCAAUUGCAGAAAUUUUAACCAGGUCAAUUCCAUUUUAAUGAAUUCUGUGAGUUCAGAAAAGGUGCCAGACCAGUUACAUGAUUUGAAAGUUACGACUUCUUUAAAGACAUCAACUGUUGAGACAUUAAGUAAUACCCAGUUUUCAUCAGGAAAUUUAGUCAAUGUUGAAGAAAAUGUACAAACAAAUUCUGAAACAACUUCUGUUCCUCAGUCUAUGACCUUUGAGGAAUAUGCUUCAAAAUAUCUCAAUAAAAAUAGGCUACUUCUCAAUCUGCUUGCACAUGAGGAUAAAAUUGAGAAAAAGUUAUUAAAAGAUGGUUGUGAAACUAUUCAGGAUUCAAAACCAUACGGUUUUGAAAUGAAUUCCAAUACCCAAAUCACUGGUAACCACCUGAACUUGAAAACCGUGGAAGCUCCAAGUACUUGCAAUGUAAAUGCCAAGAUUUCAGACAGUUCUUUUUGCUUUGAGCAUAAAUCCUCAACAAAUGGAAUACCUUCGAAAAGUGACUGUUCUAUGGAAUUGCUAGCAACCUGUCUUUCUCUGUGGAAAAAGCAACCUUUAGAACCUACAGAAAAUAAACAAGGUCAUGAGUCAGCAACAAGCAGAACACCAGUUGGAAAUUCAAAGCCUGUAGAAAUCUCUGAUAAGAAUCCAUUUUCAGUUGUGGGAAAUUCUCAGAAUAAGAUAGUAAACUGCUCACAAGUAACAGCUCUGCCAAUGGUAGUACAGAAUUAUGAGUCUUCAGGCGCAACUAUUACAAAGGGAACAGAACUUCAGAUUGCUGUAGUGUCUCCUUUAAUUCUUUCAGAUGUCAAAACAUUGCCUGUCAAAGGAAUAACCUCUGAAGUUUUAUCUGAAACAGUGUACCCAGUUAUUAAAGAAGGCAGUGUUUGUAGCUUACAGAAUCAAUUGGCAGAAAAUACAAGAGUUACGUCUACUUUGAAAGUUAAUGAACCGGUUGCAGGUACAUCAACAAACACUAAAAACUGUCCACUAAUUCAGAAGGAAAAGCAAAGUAAGUCAGUUGAUGGUAAUUCAGAAGGUACACCUAAUAUCAGUCAAGGAAAACAUAUCAUAUCAGAACCAGAUACUCACUAUCCUGUGAGUGAUCUGCAAGCCUUGUCUAAAUCAAGGAACAGUGAUGUUGUGAGUAAUGAUUUAUUACAGAUUGACAAUAUAUGUUCUCUUGUUGAAGGCGAUACAUCUUAUAAUUCCCAAAUAGCAAAGAUAUUCAACUCACCAGUGAAAAAGGAUGAGCCACAGAAAUCUUCUCUGUUCAAUCUCCAAGUGAUCAGUAGAAUACAACAAAAAGAACCAUUAGAAAACAUCACUGAAAAGGACUUCCAUUUUCAAAAAGAUAAUUUUGUACAGUGCAUGGAUGUUUCAAAUAAAAUACUUGAUCAGUCAGAGUCACUGCAGCCUCCAGAAUCAUCCCUUUUGAAGAAUGUUGAAACAAAUAGUGAAACAGAGGAAUUCGAUUUGGAGCAUAUCACUAAAAAAGAAACCGCCUCUAUAGAUAUGUGUCCAUCAGCUGCUAUUCAGCAGGAGAGUAACACUCAGGAAAUCGUUGUGUCCUGUAAUUAUACUGCUCAGGGUCUUGCAGGAAAUGAGGUUCUCAAUGAUAAGACAUCCACGUUAUAUCCAUAUGAUCAGCUAUCAGAACUUCUGAAAGAGUUUCCCUAUGGAAUUGAAGCAGUAAUUACAAGUGAAGGUCAUGUGGCACAACAGAUAACAGACCAAAUCUCAAAAGAUCAGUCUUGUGAUAAAGCCAGCUGUGACUCCAAAGACUCAGCAGACCAAAUUAAAAUUACAAUAUUAAACUCAGAGCAAAUGAAAGAAUUAUUUCCUGAACCGCAUGAUCAACCCUAUGAGGGAGACACAUUGACAGAAUCUCAAAAAGAAGAUCUGGUCACAAAAGAAGGCAGCCAGUGUUCUGCACAAGUACCUACAGGUGGAGAAAGUUGUAAUUCUGUAAUGGAUUCAGAGAAAGAUGAUGUCCGUUGUUGCGCAUUGGGGUGGCUCGCUAUGGAAUAUGAAGGAGUACCCCAGUGCCAGUGUAAUUCCAUCAAGAACUCAACUCCAAAGGUGGAAGAAGGGAAAGAUCAGUGUUCUUUGGUGACCAACAGUUGUAAGCAAAAAGAACUUACUUCUGAUAGAGAUGUUCCUAUAGAAUUUAAAAGUCCUCCAAGUAUUCCUCCAACUUUUCCAGAUGGGAAAAACCAGUUUCCUGAAAUAGAACAAGGCAGUAAUAUAAAAGAGACCUUCAAAACAAAAAACAGCUCACUAAGGACACAACAAGAAUUACCCAGUGAACCUUUCUGUAAAAGUGGUAAAAAACUGGAUUCCUUGCAAUGUCACAAAAGGAAAAAAAACCUGAAAUUUCAUGAGGUAACUUUUCACUCUAGUAAUAAAGUAAAAUUUUCUCAAGAGAGUUUGCAGAGGAAGCUCACAGCACAAAACUCAUAUCCACUAAAAGCAAAGAUGGGUUUCUCAACAAAUAAAAAAGAUGUGCAUAAGAAGAAUGGUUCUCUGGUAUGGCCAAUAUUCCCAGAAAAGAGAAAAUUGAAAGCAAGUGACUCUGAACUCAAAGUUUCAGCAAAAAGGAAGUUAGGUGAAGGGAGCAUUCUGGAUUCAGAUAUUAAAAGGAUGAAGUAUAAUAAACAAGAACAGAAUAAAAAUGGAGGUUGUAUAUUUAAAAUAAGUAAUUUUCUGUCAAACCGAGAUGAAAGAGUCAAAGAAAAGAUAAUAUUAAAUGUUAAGUCCUCAGGCUAUAAGUAUAGUUCAUCUAAAAGUAAUAGAAUUUUAUCACAGGAGUGUUUCCAAAGGCAGAAGCAUAAGGAAACAAUGGGUAUGAAAACAUCAAAGAAAACCUGUGGGAAAAAUAUACCAUGUGAUUCUCAAUACAUGAGGGCCAGUAAAGUUUCUAUGCAAGUCGGAAGUUGUGGGAAAUCAAAUGAAAGACACAGUAGCAGUGUACAGGCCUCUAAAGAAUCAAAUAUUUUUACAAGCCAUGACAAAAGCAUCAAAACCCACCAUCCUGAGGGGUCUAAAACAAACCUUUUGGAGAAUGUUAAAGAAACAGUUGUUGGAAAGCAACUUGAUAAAAUACGGAUUGAUAAAACCAAAUUAGACACAAAUUCAAACAAUGUUAAUAAUGGAGUUGAACUCAGCCAGAUGUCAGCUCAAGCAAAGGAGCAAAGGAAACAAUAUCUGAACAGAGUUGCAUUUAAAUGCACUGAACGCGAGAGCAUUUGUCUCACAAAAUUAGAUAGUUUACCCAAGAAGUUGAAUAAAGAUAAAGAGAAGAGACUGGAAAAUAAACCUAGGAGCCCUUUACCUAAGAAAGAUACCACUGAAAAACAAAGCUUGCUGGAGUUUAAAUUAUGUCCAGAUGGGCUGAUUAAUAAGAGUACAACUUCCACUGAAGAACAGAAGGAUCUGGAGCCUUGUCCUAGGAAGGAGCAAGCCUCCAUGCAAGUUACAGGCAUAAAAAGCACAAAAGAAGACUGGAUAAAAGGUGCACCUGAGGAGAAAAGGAUUCCAAAAGCCAACCAAGAAAUAGAUGAUAAUGAUUUGGGUAAUUCAAGAAACGCCAAGAGAACCUUAAGUGCAGAUGGAUUUGAGACACUACAAAGCCAAGUAAAGGAUUCAAAAGCAAUGUUUCAAACUUACAAAAAGAUGUACCUGGAGAAGAGGAGCAGAAGCCUUGGUAGCAGUCCUUUAAAGUAAAAUACCCAGAGGAACAAUUGCUGCAUCACAUGGUAGUUCUAUUUUUAGAUCCUAGAGGAACCUUUACUGUUUGUAUAUUUAUAAUUCCAUCAACAAGUGUAGGAGGGUUCACUUUUUACAUUUUCUCUAACACUUGCUAUUUCUUAUAACCAGUCUUAACAGGUGUGAAGUGAUAUCUAAUUGUAGUUUUGACUUCCCUAAUGAGUGGUGGUGUUUGACAUCAGUUUUCAUGUGUUGGCCACCUGAAUGCCUGCCUUUGAAAAACAUAUUCAGGUACUCUGCCCAUUUUUAAAGUUGGAUUGUUAUUUUUUGAUUGUUGAGUUGUGUGAGUUCUCUGAUUGUUGAGUUCUUUAUAUAUUUUGGAUGCAUUUUAUAUGUUUUGGAAAUAACCUUUGCAGAUAUCUUCUCCCAUUUAUAUAAGAGGUUGCCUUAGUCGUUGAUGGUUUCUCUUACUGUGCAAAAGCUUUUAUGUUGUUAAUUUAUUUUUUGUUUUCCUUGCCUUUGGAUUUAAGUUCACAAAAACACCUAAACCAAUACCCACAAGCUCAGUGCCUACAUUUUCUUGCAUUUAUUUUAUUGUUUCAGGUCUUACAUUCAAGUUGUUCUACUUUGAGUUAGUUUUUGUGUAUAUGUAAGGUUAUAGUCUAUUUUUGUUGUUUUGCAUGUGACUCUCUAGGUUCCCAAUACUAAUUAUUAAAGAGACUUUCUUUUCUCCAUGCUAUAGGCUUGGUUUCUUAAUCAAAAAUUAGUUGUCCAUAUAUGUAGGUUGAUUUCUGGACUCUCAAUUCUCUUCCAUUGAUCUGUGUGCCAGUUUUUCUUCCAAUACCAUAUCAUUUUUUUUUAAAGAAAUGGGCUUUCUUU